AUGUUUCCUAUGAAAUAUCUAUUCUAUUUUAUUCUUUUACAUUUGAUUAUUGGUCAUCCUCAAAUCAAUCUUCAUCAUACAGGUUGGGUACGUGAAAAUGAAGAUAAUGAUGUAUUACAACAUGAUUGUUUAAGUCUUGAUAUUUUAAAUGAAGAAGAAAAUGCUAGUCGUGAAAUAAUAUCCUAUUGUAUGAGUGAAUUACCAUCGAAAUUUCAAGUCGAAGAAAAUGAUUUAUUUCCAAAAUUUACAUUUGGCGAACUUUCAAAUCAAAAUAUAACAAGUCAACAAUUAUAUCUUUGGUCAGCACCAAUGGAUACUAUUGAAGAUUAUCAAUCGUAUUUAAAUGAAUUAUUAAUAUUUAGUAAAUCAUCUUUAUCAAAAGAAGUUUUUUAUAAUUGUACAUUACCAAGAUUUGGUUCGAUGUGUCAAUAUGAAAUUGAUUAUAAUCAUUCAAAGCAUUCAUCUUUAAAUGAUAUCAUUACUGAUUUUUAUCGUACUCAUGAAUAUAAACCAAUUAAUUAUACUUGUUAUACUCAUUUACAGUGCAAUCGUGGUCAUUCACCAACAUGUUUAGAUUGGACUGAGAUUUGUAACGAAGAAAUUGAUUGUCUUGAUGGUGGACUUGAUGAAGAAUAUUGUUGGCAACUUGAAAUAAAUGAAUGUAAUCAUAAUGAAUAUCGUUGUGCCAAUGGACAAUGCGUAUUAAAACUGUUUUUGCACGAUGAUGAAAAUUUUCCUGAUUGUCUGGAUGGCUCGGAUGAACCUUCUUAUAUUGCGUAUAAGAAACGCGGUGAAUGUUUUCAAAAUAAACCAUCAUUUGAAUGUGAAGAUAUAACAUGUAAAGAUCCACUAUGUCAAAAUGCAAAAUGCAUCGGUUCUUGUUGGCCAGGACGUCAAAAAACAAUAUUUAACAAUAUAUAUUCUAUGAAAGAUAAUUCUACAUCUGAUCAAUGUUGGUCUGCAUUCGUAUGUAAUGGUAUUAAUUUACAGCAGUCAUCUCUACCCAACUGUGUUACUUCUUGCGCAAACAAUAACUGUUAUCAAGUAAUUGAAAAUGAAUGUCCAGAUAAGUUCUAUAUGCCAACUAUUCCAGUUUUAUUUGGUGAUAUUUAUUUUGCUUAUGAAAAGUGUAAACCAUGCAACGAUCAUAAUAAAGGAUUUAAGUAUCCUUAUAUAUGCUAUAAUAAUUCUCGUUAUGAUAGUUAUUUUAAUGAAACUUCAAGACACGUACAUAAUCAUACAACAUUCUCACUCAAUAAUCGAGUGUGUCAUCGUCGACUAUCUGAUUUUCUCUUACCUACCAUAGGUGGUAUACCCGAUAUGGUAACCGAAUUAUCUCUUUUGUAUGUGUUACAUCCGGAACUUUGGCAAUAUCAAGAAAUUUAUAAUUAUAAUUCUACGAUUUGUAAUAGAUCAAAUAUGUAUCAAUGUUCCAAUUCAUUAAAAUGUAUUUCUAUAUAUCGUCGUAUGAAUGGUAUAAAUGAUUGUCCGAAUAGUGAUGACGAAAAUAUAGCUUCAACUAAUCAUACUAUUUCUAUAGAAGAAGAAUCAUACAUAAAAUUACAAAAUUCCAGCGAACAUAUUUCAUUUCAAACAAUUUGUGAUGGAUUUACUACAUUAUUACCUAUUCCAAUAGAUGGACAAGAUGAAACAGAUGAGACCGAAUGCAAACAUUGGUCAUGUAAUAAUGUUUAUACUCAUUGUAACGGUUUAUGGAAUUGUCUUAAUGGUGAAGAUGAAAUUGAUUGUGGUUUAUCAUCAUCAUUAAAUUGUUCUUCAGAUGAACAUCAAUGUGUUUCUCCUCGUACAAAUCAAUUUAUGUGCUUACCAAUUAUUCAAGCAAAUGAUGGUAUAGUUAAUUGCCUUGGAGCUACCGAUGAACCAGCAUUAUGUCGCAAAAAAUAUGAAAUACAGUAUAAAAAUAACUUUUAUUGUAUGAAUCAAAGUCAAGAAUCAUGUGUUCCUUCUAAAAAAUUAUGUGAUACACAAAAUGAUUGUGGCAAUGGAAAUGAUGAACAAUUUUGCACACAAGUAACAGGAGGACCAAUCCUUUCUACUUGUUGGGCGCUUGAUCAUCCAAGUAUUUCUGAUGUCGUGAAGUUUUUAUGCUUACAGACAGGUGAAAUUUCAAAAGAAUCGAUUAUACACUUUACUCUUAAUGCAAUGAAGAAAUUACUGAAAGAUCAAACAAAACAAUAUAUAGAAAAUGAAGUACGUUUAAGUCUACCUAUAACUGUAUCAUCUUUUCAACAACAACUACUUCAUUGUCAUCGUGGUAUUGAUGUACGCAUGUGGUUAAAUGAUAAAACUAAUCGAACAAGAAAAAUAUGUUUUUGCCCACCAAGUUAUUAUGGUGAUCAAUGUCAAUAUCAAAAUCAACGAAUAAGUUUAUCAAUUAAAUUUACAGCAUCUGCUAAUUCAUGGCAAAUGCUAUUUGCAAUUGUUAUUUUAUUAAUUGAUGAUAAUAAUGAACAAGUAAUUCAUUCUUCUGAACAAUUUACUUAUUUAUCAAAACGAGAUUGUCACAUAAAAAAACAUCAUAUUAAUUUAAUUUAUUCAAAUCGACCAAAAAAUCAAACAAAAAAUUAUGGCUUACAUAUUGAUAUUUAUGAAAAAGAAUCAUUAAAUUAUCGUGGAACUUUUUAUUUUUCAAUUCAAUUUUCAUUUUUACCUGUUCAUCGUUUAUCAUUAGUCGUUGGUAUUCCAGAUGAUAAUAAUAUUAAUUUUGAAAGUUGCUCAGAUUUUCCAUGUAUCAACGGUAAAUGUAUUAAAUAUCGAAAUAAUGAACAAAAAAUAUUUUGUCAAUGUAAUAAAGGAUGGUCUGGUCGCUAUUGUACAAUUGAACAUUCUUCAAUGUGUUCAUUUGGUUCAGUAUAUAUCGGUGUUUCUCCUAAUAAUCAAUCAAUAUGUAUUUGUCCUAUGAAUAAAUUUGGUGCUCGAUGUCUUCUUAACAAUAUAAAUUGUCAAAAUAAUCAAAAUUUAACAUGUAAAAAUGGUGGUCUUUGUAUUCCUACAGAUGAAUAUAUGAUAUCAAAGAAACAAUUUAUAUGCAUUUGUCGAAAAGGUUAUUUUGGAGAACGAUGUGAAUUAGAAGAUAAUAAAAUAAUUUUAUCAUUUGAGAAAUCUAUUAAUGUAGCACAAUCAAUAUUUAUUCAUUUUAUUGAAGUUAUGGAUAAUGAUAAACCAUUCAGAUCGACUACAUUUCAAACAAUUCCUAUUAAACAAGAGUUUGUUACGAUUUAUUGGUCAAAGCCAUUUCAUAUUGUUUUUAUUGAACUUCUUGAUAAAAGUUAUUAUUUAACUUUGGUUCAAAAUAUUUAUAAUCAAUCAACAACAAUUAAUCAAAUGAUAAAAUCAUCAGAUCAUUGUAAACAUACAAGUGAAAUAUUUAAUGAUAGUAUUGCUAAAUUAGAUCUUAUUCGUCGAAUAAAAUAUUAUCAUUUACCAUGCCAAAUGUCUUCAUUAAAUCUUUCUUGUUUUUAUGAUGAUAUUCAUCUUUGUUUAUGUUAUGAUUAUUAUAAACUACGUCUUGCUAAUUGUUUUCAAUUUAAUCACAGUAUGAUAUAUGAUUGUGCAGGUCGAAGUGUUUGUCAAAAUGGAGGUGAUUGCUUUCAAGAUGCACUUGAUUGUCCAACAAGAUCAAUAUGUGUUUGUCGCUUAUGUUUCUUUGGGACACAAUGUCAAUUUAGUACAAGUGGAUUUGGUUUAUCACUUGAUGCUAUUUUAGGUUAUCAUAUUAUACCAAAUGCUAAUAUUAAAUAUCAACCAGUUAUUGUAAUAUUAAGUUUAAUAUUGAGUAUUCUAUUUAUUAUUGCUGGUUUUAUUAAUGGUAUUCUUGCUAUGAUAACAUUUAAAAAUAAAACUGUACGUGAUAUUGGUUGUGGUCUAUAUUUAUUAGGUUCCUCAAUAACAACUUUACUUAUCAUGAUUUUAUUUGGAUUAAAAUGUUGGAUACUGAUUUUUUCACAAAUGGCAAUGAUAUCAAAUCGAACAUUCUUAAAUAUUCAAUGUAUUACUCUUGAUUUUCUUCUACAAUCAUGUCUUCAUAUGGAUCAAUGGUUAAAUUCUUGUGUAGCUGGUGAACGAGCAUAUACAAUAAUAAAAGGUACUCGUUUUCAAAAGAAAAAAAGUAAAAAAGCAGCUAAAAUAAUAAUUAUUAUUCUUAUUAUUCUUAUCAUAAGUACAUCGAUUUAUGAUCCGUUUUAUCGACAUUUAAUGGAUGAAGAAAAUGAUAAUGAAAUAAGAAUCUGGUGUAUUAUUACUUAUUCAUCUAGUUUAAAAACAUUUCAUUCUGCAAUACACAGUUUUCAUUUUAUUGCUCCAUUCGUAAUAAAUUUAGUAUCAUCUAUUGUUUUAAUAACAAGAAAAUCUCGUCAACAAUCAAAUUUACAUACUGAUCGAACUUACUAUCAACUUUUACGACAACAAUUAGGUGAACAUAAAAAUUUAUUAAUUGCUCCAGUUAUAUUAGUCAUUCUUGCAUUACCACGUUUAAUAAUAUCUUAUGUAUCGAAAUGUAUGAAAUCAUCAAAUAAUUCAUGGAUAUAUCUUAUUGGAUAUUUUAUUUCAUUUAUUCCACCGAUGCUUACUUUUAUUAUAUAUGUAUUACCAUCGAAAUUUUAUAAACAAGAAUUUAAUAAGAGUAUUGAACGAUAUCGAACUAACCUACGAAGACGUUUACAGAAUACUUCAACAAGAUAA